AUGUUCUUGCCAAACCCACGAGUAGCUUUCAAAUGCUGCUCACCCCCCUUUCAACACAGCGUUGCGGCGAAAUUCGGCACAAAAUGUCUCUCUUCUCUGUCAACCAACUCAUUCAGUCGUGUAACAGUAGUAGGCCGCUGCAAUGUGGGGAAGAGCAGUCUGUUCAAUUGGUUCCUUACUGCAAACAGCUCAGCUUUGCCAAUGAAUAAGCAGCAGCACUUGGCCCUGGUAGGCCCUGAACCCGGCACCACAAGGGACCGCAGGGAAGCCCUUUGUUCGUGGAGAGGUCUACAAGUACUGCUGGUAGACACCGCAGGCUAUGAGGCUGAAUUUGAAGAUAAAAACAGUUCUACUUUGCAGCAGACCAACCAGCAGGUGUCACAAGCGCUUGAAGACGCCGACUUAAUUAUGUUUUUGGUUGAUGCCAAGGAAGGCGUCACACCGACAGAUGAACUUUUUGCGAGGCGACUGCGGAGCCUUUUAGAGAAGCGGCAGGCAGCGGAAGCUGAAGCACCAAAGACACAUAAGCAUCCAGAUACCACACUCAACGGUUGCAGGAGGUGGCCCCCGGAAAUAAUACUUGUGUUGAGCAAGGCAGAGGGAACUGGCGUGGCCGACUGCAUGGCUGACGUCUAUGACUUGCAGCUAGGCCACCCCGUAUUAGUCUCCACCAGGACAAACCAGAGCCCGCGGGAAGGACCUCCUGGGGGAAGUGCAGCAGCGGAGGCCUGGCUUGAGGGCUUGGCUCGACGGUACGGUCGGGGUGAACAUCCAGCUCUGGCGCACAACGAAGCUCCCCAGGGGUUUCCGCAUCUGCCCUGGUCACUGAAGAAGGUUACGUGCGAAACAAAAGAAAAGACGGCACAAGAGGAAACAGAAGAGGGGCUGUUUCUGGACCCAACAAAAGAGCCAGCACGCGAGGGGAUGCCGGACACGCACACUCACCAAGGCAACAGCGAGUUGUGGCCCAGUGCCGAACUUGAAGCCGAAGCGUCUGCUGGUCCUGCAGAAUGCCCUGAGGCACCCCCGGAGUGCUUGGACCAAGUGGCGGAGAAUUUGUUUAAAGCGGAUGGAGUCAGGGAUCUCAAUGCGACGAUCGAGGAACCAAUACGACUGACAUUUAUUGGGCGUCCAAAUGCGGGGAAAUCAAGCCUUAUCAAUUCCAUCCUGAAGGAGAACCGCCUGACGGCCAGCGCCACUCCAGGCACCACCACCGACUCUGUCUGCAUCAACUUUUGUUUCAAAAAGCAGAAAAUGGUGUUGACCGACACCGCCGGGGUCACUAGAGGCUGGAAGAUGCGGGGGGACGAUCUGCUGCAGCAGGCGUCCCUGCAAACAAUGCGUAACAUCCGUUCGGCUGACGUGUGUAUACUGUGUCUCGACGCUUCUCGGAUACAAGCGACAGGACAGAUUAGCUCUCAUGACUUGUCUCUAGCAAACCUGGCAACGGAGAAGGAGGGCCGUUGCAUGCUGGUGUGCGUUACUAAGUGGGACUUAGUUGAGGACAACAACAAGGACUAUGUGCGAUCACUGAUACUAGAGCGGCUGCAAACGGGACUGGGCCACCUAAAGGCCUGCCCCGUGGUGUUCACUUCUUCGAAACAAUCACAAAACCUCAACUCCCUGCUCAAUAAGGCACGCUCUGUGUAUAAGCCUUGGUGCAGUCGUGUGCCAACAGGAGUACUCAAUGAGUGGCUGCAGGAUUACACUGCCCGCUGGCCGCCACCCUGGAGACUAGGGUCUCAGUGUCAAGUAAAGUACAUCACACAGACACAGGCAAAGCCGCCAACAUUUGUGGCUUGGUCUAAUGUCUAUGCGCACUUCCCGACUCACUACAAGCGACAGCUGAUCAAUGCAAUAAGGGAGGAAUUCGGGCUUAACGGCAUUCCUGUACGUCUCGUGCUACGCACCACAGCAAUGCCGAAACCCGGCGCAAAGCUCACCAAGGCAGAAGCUUUAAAAUGGAAGAGACUGGGGCCGCAUCAGCAUCUGGCAGCGACAAAGCUUUCGCGCAAGUACUUGGUGAAGAAGUAG